AUGUCAGCUGCGAUGACCGCCAUCGCGUCGCGCGUCGUGCACGCGCGCGCCUCCUUCAAGCCGCCGAUCGCCCGUCCGGGUCGCGCGGCACGCGCGCGCGGGGGAGCGGCGCCCGGCGGGGGAACGGGCGGCCGCGGAGAGCUCCGCAUCGCGAGGCGCGCGGAGCAGAGCGGGGGCGAGCGGCGCGUGUCGUCCGAGGACGCCGUCGCGGAAUCGGCGGCGCCCGAGGGGGAGCAACCGCCGGUUCCCGACACCGCCGCGCCCAAGGAUCUCGGCGCGCAGAUCCAGGAGCUGAAGAACAAGGGAUCGGGCGGCGCGGGCGGGAUGCCGAAGGAGGCGGAGAACCCGUUCAUCGGAGCCUUCGAGGAGAUCGGCCAGACGGAGUGGCCUUCGCCGAUCAGCGCGCUGCAGACCACCGGGAUCGUCAUCGCGAUCGUGAUGGGGAGCACGUUCGUGCUGCUCACCGUCAACUCCGCGCUCUCCGCAAUCUCCCAGGCCGUCUUCAAGUGA